AUGGCAGCUUCUGUCACCUGCAAGCUACACCCAGGGCACUCGCUAAAGAGGCACCACUACGGCGGCGAGGAGGGCCAUGCCUGUGUCUGUGCACUGUGCGAGCGCAUCAUCGCCGGCGCCGGCUACAGGUGCGGCGAGUGCGGCGGCUUCGACGCCCACGAGGCCUGCCUCUCGCUGCCGAUGCGCGUCGCGUUCGUCGGGCACCCCGCGCACGAGCUCACGCUCUCCCUCCUCACGGCCAGCCGGUGGUGCGACGCCUGCAGGGUGGCCUCCCACGCCGGGCGCUGCGUGUACCGCUGCGUGGCGUGCGACUUCGACGUGCACGCGCGGUGCACGUCGCUGCUUGACGGCGAGCAGCAGCAUGGUAGGAAGCGUGGGGUGGCGAGGCGCGUCGGCAUGGCGGCUCUCAGGAUGGGGUUGUUCGGGCUGCGCGUGGCGGACGCGGUCACCGGCGGGUUCGGGUCGCCGGUGAUCGAAGUCAUUGAGACGGCGCUUAAUCUCUAG